AUGCCGUCCAUCAGGGACGAGAUUUCCUUCGAGAAGCGGACAGCGGAGGCGCGCCGCAUUCGCGCAAAGUACCCUAACCGCAUUCCUGUCAUUUGCGAAAAAGCUCCCCGCUCAGAUCUCCCCGUUAUAGAAAAGAAAAAGUUUCUAGUGCCGAUGAAUAUGUUGGUGGGAGAGUUUAAAUACAUUAUCCACAAGCACAUCAAUCAGUGCGCGUCCUCGCAGGGGGCCCCCCUGACUCACGAGAAGACGAUAUACCUCUUUGUAGAAAAUACGGCGCCUAAGGCGGGGGCCCUCAUCCAAGAAGUGUAUGAACAGCACGUGGCCGACGACGGUUUCCUCUACGUGGAGUAUUCAGCAGAAAAUACCUUGGGUUGA